AGAGCGACUGACCUGUUGCUCUGACGCGGUGCUCGGUGCUUCCCCUCACUCGCUGCCUUCCCUCUCACACUCUCCCCUCAUUUGCCCGCCCCCUCUCUCUUUCCCUCUCCCCCCAUCCUCCCCCCACGGUGCUCACCUGGGGAGGGACAGCGCUAGUUAGCAAGGAAGUGAGACACUUCCUCCACGUGCUGGGGGAGGUGGUGGACACGUGGGAUAAACUCCACCCAAUCCCCCUCCACCUAACAACCACAAAUUCCACCUCCACAACAACCACCAAGGCCGGAGCUACAGAGGGACCGUCCCAAGGAUAGAUGGACACCGGGUACUGUCCACGUCCCCCACCACCAGGACUCCCACUUACAGCAGUGAUCGCAAUGGUGGCGGGCGCUGACGCCUUCCCGCCCAAAAGGCAUUCCGAUCACCACUUGCGUCACCCGAGGAAGAACUAAUCAGGCGACACAUCUCACAGUCUGUCGAGCUAGAGACACUGUCGAUCUAGAAACACUGUCGAUCUAGAGACACUGUCGAUCUAGAGACACUGUCGAUCUAGGGACACUGUCGAUCUAGAGACACUGUCGAGCGAGAGACACUGUCGAGCGAGGGACACUGUCGAGCGAGAGACACUGUCGAUCUAGAGACACUGUCGAGCGAGAGACACUGUCGAUCUAGAGACACUGUCGAUCUAGAGACACUGUCGAUCUAGAGACACUGUCGAUCUAGAGACACUGUCGAUCUAGAGACACUGUCGAUCUAGGAACACUGUCGAUCUAGAGACACUGUCGAGCGAGAGAGACACUGUCGAGCGACUGACACUGUCAGGAAAAUGCAGCCGCUGAAGAAUGACUGGCUAACGACAUGGGCCUCUCACAGUGGUUGAUGUCAGGGUACGGGCGAGGCUGGCACUCUCUACUGCCUCUCUGGUGCCAACAGCCACACUCACCAGGGUCUAAGUGUCCCCACACAGGCAGCAGUCUCACGGAGGGUCGAGGGGCCACUGCGGUAAAACAUGGACGCUUCUUUAGCGUGAUUAUAUAGACAUCUCGUGCUGAAAUAAUAAUAUUAAAGCGAAGAGAGCCAUUAGCCAGAGAGAAACUGCAUCUCGUGCUGGAAGAGGCUUUAUAAACAUUAAGAGAAUUACAGUGAAUUUGAGAGAAGUUAUUAAAAUGUUUUUUUAUCACCAAGAAGAAAAGUUAUGAUCUGACACAAAAUUGAUGACAUCAAAAGUAGAAAUGUUGCUAACAUAAAAAAUACAGUUGGGAUGACGUCUGUUUUGUAAUGCCAACCUCCUCCUCCUCCUCCCACCUGUAACAGAUUAAUAUAUUUUAAUGUUUCCCAUUAAUACUAGAAAACGAUAAACCAGAGAAGAUGGGUUUUGGAGUGUCCAAGUGCAUAUGUGGAGACGUGGGGACGGAGAACGAGGCGGAGGGCGGCAGAGGCCACGAUAAACGGAACAAGUUUAGCUUCUCGCCCUACAGGAAACACUCUCCUUCAAUGAGCAAAGUCGAGAGAGCCCUGAAGGCGGCGCUGCUGAUCCAGCGCUGGUACCGGCGUUACUGCGCCAGGCUGGAGAUCCGCCGAAGGUACACGUGGACCAUCUUUCAGACCAUCGAGUACGCUGGCGAACAGGACCAGAUGAAGCUCUACAACUUUUUCAACGCUCUCCUCACUCACAUGGGCAGCGGCGCUAUGACUGAGAUUAUGGAAGCUCUCUCCCCUAGAGCCUCUCCCACCUCGGACGAAGAAGGGGAGGAGGCCAGGAACAAGAGGUUGCUGGAGGAGGCGUGGAUGGAGGACGUGGCGGUGGAGGGAAGCUACAAGGGACCUCACCUCACCACUCCUCUCACCACCGACUCCAUACACAUACUGGUCGACGCCUUCAAGAAGAAAAAGACGCUACACUCCCGCUACGUGUACGUGGUCCUUAGGGAGGGAGUGAGGGUACUCAGACAGCGCCCCACCGUUACUCAAGCCUCCACGGCCAUCUCAGGUCAGGUCACGGUGGUCGGCGACCUCCACGGCAAGCUUGACGACCUUCUCACUGUCCUUUAUAAGAACGGGCUGCCCUCUACCGAUAACCCAUACGUGUUCAACGGUGACUUCGUGGACCGCGGCCGCAAGUCGAUGGAGGUGAUCCUCCUCCUGCUAGCGCUCGUCGUGGUCUUUCCUGCAGAAGUCUACCUUAACCGCGGAAACCACGAAGACUUGGUCAUGAACGCCAGGUACGGCUUCUGUAAGGAGGUCAGUAGGAAGUACAAGGCGCCUCACGGGCCCAGGAUCCUGCGGCUGCUGGAGGAGGUGUACCGGUGGCUGCCUCUGGCCACCGUCAUAGACAACAAGGUGAUGGUGGUCCACGGCGGCGUCUCCCUCGACACGGACGUCAAGUGGCUCUCCACCAUAGACAGAAGCAAGUACAUGAGCGUGCUGAGGGCCCCGUCGGCAGCGCUGCUAGACGACAGCUCGUCAGCGGAAGAGGGUGACGACGACGACUCGGACGCCUGCAGGGAGGUGCAGCUACUGACCUCCUCCUUCGAGUGGAAGCAGGUGCUGGACCUACUGUGGAGUGACCCACAGAGCCAAGCUGGGUGUUGUCCCAACACCUUCAGGGGCGGCGGCAGCUACUUCGGGCCAGACAUCACCCACGACUUCCUCAGGAAACAUGGGUUCUCCCUCCUCAUCCGCUCCCACGAGUGUAAGGUGGACGGCUACGAGUUUACUCACGACAGUACGUGUCUCACCAUCUUCUCCGCCUCAAACUACUAUGACUCUGGCAGCAACAGAGGCGCCUACGUCAAGCUCCAGGGCCCCAACCUGGAGCCCCACUUCGUCCAGUACACCGCAGACACUAAGUCACGUAAGCUGACGAUCCGCGAGAAUGUCGGGAGGAUGGAGACGUCCGCCUUCAGGGAGUUACGAGGCCAAAUCCUUGCCUCGAAAUCGAGGCUCUUGGUGGCCUUCCAGCAGAAGGACAAGGACAAGAUAGGCUACAUCAGCGUCGGGGACUGGGUAGAGGUGAUGGAGAAGGAGAGUCAUCUCAACCUGCCGUGGCGGGUCUUGAGGGAGAAGCUGGUGUCCCUUCACCCCACCACGGGCCUCGUCGACUAUCACAGCUCCUUCACCGACGAGCUCUUCAAGAAGGACCUUCCCAUCAUGGGAGGACCGACCGUAUUUGAAGCUCUGUACCGCCAUAAGAACAGUCUAGAGACCAUCUUCAGACUCAUCGAUAAGGACAAUUCUGGCUACAUCAGCAUGGAUGAGUUUAGCGAGACGUGUGAGCUUCUGAGUCGCCACAUCGACGUGCCCAUCCCAAAACAGGAAAUAGCCGACUUGGCGCGCUCCAUCGACAUCAACAAAGACGGAUACAUCGACUUCAACGAAUUCUUGGAGUGUUUCCGCAUCGUGGAGUCGAGUAAGAGGAGCAUCGAGGACCUGGAUGAGGAGGACGACGACGUCGACAUCGAAGCUGUUGGGAAUCAAAACGGGGACGCCAUGGCCCCCACCCGGCCCGACCACACUAUACCCCACACGCGAGCAUAGGGACCUGUUGUAUCAAUAAAAUAGAGAAUUAAACGCUAUCUUCCUUGAAA